AGGCUGCCGAAGUCAAAAUUAUCUGAUACUCUUGGCAUCCCUUGACACCGACGAAUAGAAGGAAAUGGCACCCAAGCAGUACCAGGUGUUGACUCAGGCUGACGUUGAUCACUUCCUCGAGCAUGGUUGGGUGAAGAUCCCAGGAGCGCUCCUUCCUGAAUGGUCGGAAAAGUUUACCCAAGAUGUGUGGAUUCGACUUGGCAUGAACCCCGAAGACAAGUCAACCUGGACGCGUGAUCGCGCUAAUAUGCCCUGGCACCAGGCUGAAAAGGCGAGCGUCGUUGCACCUCGAGCUUGGGGUGCCAUCUGCGACCUUCUGGGAGGCGAGGAGCGUGUCAGCGACACCUCUUAUGAAUGGAGGGAUAGCUUGAUCGUGAACCUGGGGAAGGAAGAGUACAAGGAUAUGGACGUCAAUCCCAGGGAACUAGACAAUUGGCACGUCGAUGGAGACUGGUUCCUCCACUUCCUCGAUUCCCCGGAGCAAGCUCUCCUUGUUAUUCCCUUGUUCGCUGAUAUUAAGCCGAAGGCCGGUGCGACCUACAUCUCACCAGACGGCAUUCAGCAUGCUGCCAAGUAUCUGCUCGAUCAUGCAGAAGGCACUUACCCGGCUUCGGGUGGUGGCUUCGCCUUCAAGAACCUGAUCCCCAAGUGUAACGAAUUUGUUGAAUGCUGUGGGAACAAGGGUGACGUCUUCAUCCUCCAUCCUUUGAUGUUGCACAGCGCGUCAAAGAACCACCUGCGUAUUCCUCGGCUUAUCACGAACCCUGCAGUGUCCAUCAAAGAGCCGUUUAACUUCAACCGCGAGAACCCAGAUGACUUCUCACUCGUUGAGCUUAAGACACUCAAGGCUCUCGGACUAGAUAGGCUGGACUACAAGAUAACCAGGGAUAGACAGCGCAUUCGUCCGCUGCGGAUGGACUUCUGGGAGCCUCAGCUUCAGGUCGAGUUAGACCGUCUUCGCGCUCACGCCGCCAAGACCGGUAAGCCUGUCCGCUCCGCCCAUGCGAACGGUGUUGUGUUCCUGGAUGAUCACGGAGCCAAGGAGGAGAACAAGUUGGAGCACGCACCCAUGCCUGAUGCCGCACAGAUUGCUGCGCUCAAGGCUAUUUUUGCUAAUUAAUCUUAAUAAUAUGUACUUUUU